UCUACACCAUAUGGCAACGUUGUGAGAAGGACCAGUUUGUGUUUUAUUUCGCGCAAUCAAUUGUAAAUUAUUUUCGGUGGCAUUAAAAAUUCCUUAACUUAAAUAAAUUGAAAUGUCGUUGUUAACAAAGGAGAAUGCAAAGGAUCACUGUCGUACUUGCUUAAAAAGACUAAAUGGUUGCACAGAGAUGGCUUCUAGUGCAUGUAAUACAGAUGAGACACCGGAUAAUAAGGAUAUGCACUUCAACAUCUGCAGCGAUCCAGAAUUACAGCAUCUAGUUUGUACUUAUGUGGAUGGUCCGUAUAAGAGCGAAGCGCCAAAUUUGGCCAUUCAUAAUUUUCCAGAAAAUGUUUGCCUUGGUUGCUAUAAUAAGCUUCAGAACUUUGUUGCAUUUCGUAAACGGGCACAACAGAGCGCAGAAAAAUUACGCACAGUACUUAAUUGUAGUAGUGGCAUCAUUAAAGUAGAAUUAAAUUAUGAGGAAGAGGAAAAUGAGCAGCAAAAAACUGAUCCGGUCGGUCUAUCAGUAUGGGAUUAUAAACUACAGGAUGCACUUAUGGAAAACGAAGAGGUAUUUUUCGAAACAUCAGUAGCUAACUUGGCGGAUGUAGAAUUAAAAGACGAUGCAGUAGUUCCAUUCGAACCAUUAGUAUCCGAGUGUAGUGGUAAACCGUCGCCGCCAUCGGUAUCCGAAUGCAGUGGGAAGCAAAGUGUGGAAAAAGAGGACGACGUAAAGAAAGAAAUGUCUCAAGUAGACAAAAAAGACAAAUACAAAUGUUCACAUUGUGAGCAAAGCUACGCGUUCAAUUCCGAAUUGGAGUCUCAUGUACGUCAGGCUCACGAUAUAACAAAAAUGCCAUUUUCUUGCGGGCAUUGUGACAAGUCGUAUAGGUAUAUCCGUAGUCUGCAAGAACAUGUGAAACAUAAGCAUCAGGCAGUGGUGAGUGCAGAUGCUCAAUUCAAGUGCACUUUAUGUCCCAAGGCGUUUUUAACGAAUUUGUCGCUGAAAAAACAUAUGUGUUUUCACAUUAAGAAAGAUAUGUCGCGUGUUUGUGGAAUUUGUAGUAAACGGUUUCCGGUAAAAAGUUGGCUGGUCGAGCACUUGCGCACACAUUCUACCGAUGGCAGAAUACCGUGUGGUCAAUGCGAUAAAAGUUUUAUGUGGUAUCAAGAUUUGUUAAAUCACGAACGUUCAUCGCAUCUCAAAGAGAAACUAUUUCCCUGCAAAUUGUGCGACAAAUCGUUCCAAACGCAAAAAUCUUUGCGCUUCCACAGUUACCGGCAUUCUGGUGAGAAACCAUAUCUCUGCGAUGUUUGUGGAAAAGGCUUUCGGCAGCCAACAGCAAUGAAACAGCAUCGGUUAAAGCAUUUUAAAAAUGACACGACUGAAAAAAAUAAGCGAAAAAUGCCAUUUCUAACUAAAGAAAAUCUUAAGCAGCAUUGCCGCACUUGUCUGAAAAAAUUAAAAAUACAAGAUAACAGUUUAAUGCCAAAUGUAGAUGUAGCAGACGAAGUUUCAGAGUGUAUUAGCAUCGUUAAUAAUGAGGAGUUACAAAAUCUUAUAGCUUCCUACAUGGAAGAGCAUUGGCCUAUUGAAGUGCGUGAACUGAUAUUGGGGGAAUAUCCUCAGUGUGUAUGCAUACAUUGCUACAAUAAACUGCAAAGUUUUGGAUUAUUUCGCGAACUAAUAAAGAAAAGUGCUAAAAAACUGCAGGCGAUACUCUGCCAUGGAGUUAAUGAAGUGGAAAUUGACGACGAUGGGCCCGAAGAAAAUCAAGGAAUUUGUAAAGAACCAGAAACUGCGCGGGCGACAGAUACGUUUAACUUCUUGCACAAGGAUACACUUAUGGAAACCGAAUCAGUUAAGUUUGAGUCAGAAAAUGUGGGAACGUUAAUGAGUGAGAGUGUACCAGAUCCCGAUCCAUUCCACACUGAUAUUUCAACUAAACGUAAAGCAACACAAAGUGAAAUUUCAAAUAACGCUGUCAACGAAGAAAACUAUGAUCAAGUAUGGCAAAGUUAUAGCCAAGAUGAAUCCGAAGUUGAUUUAGAAAAACCAUCUAUAUCAGUGACAUAUGAAAAUGUUGAUAGCAGGAUCUUGAAAAGUCAAAAAGUUAAAAGCAAUUUAACUAAUACUCUUGAAUGUAUUCCAAACGAUAAACAUAAUGACGAUGGUUUAGGAAAUAUAAUGUGUACACGCGCACGUAGUAAGCGAACUGCAGAAUAUGUGGCUACAAAAAUAGAAAAACAUAAAAAAGGUAUGAAAGAAGCUAUCGAGGUUAGUCAACAUGCUCAAAAGCUUGUGGACACUGACCAGGCAGAUAGUGAACCGAAGAGACGCAAUAAAGGUACUAAAAACCGCUUCAAAUGCGAGCAGUGUAGUCACAGUUUCGCUCAAAAAAUCACCCUCGAAGCUCAUAGACGUAAAGUGCAUGAAGGAAGCAAGCGUCCCUUUCAAUGUGAUCGAUGUGAAAAAUCGUAUAAAUUCAUCGGUAGUCUAUAUACGCACAACAAGGAAGUUCAUGAAGCUGAGGUGCGUUCAUAUUCGUGCAACAUACCUGGAUGUGACCGUGUCUAUACUAGUUUUAUUGCAAUGCAAAGACAUAAACAAUUGAAACACUCGGAUACACCCUGCGUGAAAGAAUAUGUUUGCGAACAAUGUGGCGCAACAUUCAACCAAUCCGGUAAUCUUAAAUCUCAUCGUCGUUCUAAACAUCCUACAGACGCAGAACAAACCGCUCAAGACCAAUUGAAGGAGCGUUUUGAAUGUGACGUGUGUAAGAAAGUGUUCCAUUCACGUUACACCUUAAAGUAUCACACCUUACAACUGCACACCAACGAAAUGAGGUACGAGUGUAAUGUGUGUGGCCGUAAAAUGGCAAAAAAAUUUAUGCUCGUCCAACAUAUGUUAGUUCACUCUACUGCUAAGAUGCUGUGUGAACACUGCGGUAAGGGGUUUGUUAGAAAAUUUGAGUUGGAAGCACACGUUAGAAUAGUGCACAUGAAAUUGAAGCCUUUUAAAUGUCAGUAUUGUUCCGAGUGUUUUGCUAUAAGAAAAACGUUGCGCCAUCAUGAGUACAUACACACCGGUGAGAAACCGUAUGUUUGUGAUGUCUGUGGGCAGGCGUAUCGUCACCAGUCCUGUUUGAAAAACCAUCGUGAAUCGCACGAAAGAAUUAAUGUUGAUAACGUGAUAUCAACCAAUAGUAAUGGGACACUAAUGAACUCAGAUUUGAAUGCACCAUAUCAUAUAAUUGCGCAGAAAAUAGUACCUCUGACAAAUGGUAACACCGAUGCAACAAACUUUAGUAGCAACGUUAACGAAGUAACUAAUUUGUAACUGAUUAAUAUAACUGACGCUGGAAUUGCAGAGGAUAAAUCUAAUAUUCAGCAAUAACUCCUUCAAAAAUAAAGAGCUGGAAACUUUUGGUUUUAAUUUAUUAUUAUACAAUUUAAAUAAUUCUGUAACUACAUAAGUUUUUGUGGUUUUAUAACGAAAAUCUAUUUUUUAAAGUAUAAGUUAAGAAAUACAGUUCAUUUUUGAACAAAACAAUAAUUGUAAGAAGAAAAUUCGUCCUCUUUUGCUUUACAUAUUAUAUUUUAGUAGUUCUCAUAAAUAAUUAGCUUUUACUAGGUAAUAUUUUUCCAUCCGGCGGCUUUUCGUCUGCAUUUUGUGCAUUUGCAGCUUUCAUUUCACGUUCUAUGUAGACAUUUAUGUCAUUCAGCGGUUUGUAGUACAAAUGAACCAGUUGCGAGCCUGCCAUCAUUGAUAGCAUCGCCGCCGAAAGAAAUUUCAUAUAUUGUCCCCAUGAAACACCAGCAGGCAUUUUGUAAUGUAAUAAUUGCCGUUAAUGGUAAUAAAUCGAUUACUAUUUUGUUACGCCGUUUCUUUAGCUUGUGGCUGCACCUGAUUUUGUGUUGUUUGUAAUUUAUCCUCCACAAAGUUUUUCGCCUGUCGUUUUUUAAAUGUA